AUGCGGGCCAGCCCAGGGUGGGCGAGGUCCCAUCACAGCCACCGGGCGGCCACCCAGAAGGGUUCGGACCUGCACGUUCCCCGCUGUGUCUACCUGAAUGCACUCUGCAAGCAAAAACAUCCUCCGGCGGCCGCGGGGAGCACUCCCGACGGGGCGCCCGCGCCCAGCCCCAGCCCCGAGGCGCCCUCGCCGGAGCCGCCCAGCUACUCCCUGCAGGACUUCGACAUCCUGGCCACCGUGGGGACGGGGACCUUCGGGCGCGUGCACUUGGUGAAGGAGAAGGCUGCUAAGAACUACUUUGCCCUCAAGGUCAUGAGCAUCCCCGAGGUCAUCCGCUUGAAGCAGGAGCAGCAUGUUCACAACGAGAAGUCGGUCCUCAUGGAGGUCAACCACCCCUUCCUCGUCAAGCUGUUCUGGACGAGCCACGACGACCGCUUCCUCUACAUGCUGAUGGAGUACGUGCCGGGCGGCGAGCUCUUCAGCUACCUGCGCAACCGCGGCCGCUUCCCCUGCAGCACGGGGCUCUUCUACGCCACGGAGAUCGUGUGCGCCAUCGAGUACCUGCACUGCAGGGACAUCGUCUACAGGGACCUGAAGCCGGAGAACAUACUCUUGGAUCGGGACGGCCACAUCAAGCUCACGGACUUCGGGUUCGCCAAGAAGCUGGUGGACAGGACRUGGACCCUCUGCGGGACCCCCGAAUACCUCGCCCCUGAAGUCAUCCAGAGCAAAGGCCACGGGCGGGCCGUGGACUGGUGGGCGCUGGGCAUCCUCAUCUUCGAAAUGGUGGCAGGGUGA